AUGGCGCUACCACACGUUCAGAUGGGGUGCGCGGUCAAGGAGCGGUCGAGCGGCAGAGCGAUGCAGCAAACAAGAAGCAAUCAAGACGACUUGGGUCUGGUCCCAGUUCGGAGUCGCCCGCCGGACGAAGUAACACCACCAGCAACGACGCUAGCUGCCACUUGCGCAGGUUGGGAAUCGGACCAAACGCUCGAGAGCUAUUCCAGCCAGUUGGGGAACACUCUGUGUUAUGGCGAUGAGGGUGGUAUGCUUGUGGCGCCAACUGGAACAAGACUGGUCCAGAAUUGGGUCAUGGAUAGAAUUGGGGGUGGAAAGCCUGGGAACAACGAGCGGGAUGUUCGAAGAGCUGACGCUGGGUCAAUUGAGUUUGGCCGUUCAAAGAGCAUAAACGUUGUUUUUGCUCGCAAGGCAGUUGGGGAUACACACAAGACUUGUCACGAUGGUGUGCCAAGUGGGAGUCUGCGGUUAAGGUUCGAACGUGCUUUUAACGUUUGCCCGGCAGUUGAACUUUCAACCGUCAAUCUGAUGAAAGCAGCCAGGCCCGUUGUGCUUCUUCUGGAAGAUCAAUUGCUGAUGAUUGACCAUCUCAGAACUCGUCAAACUGAGCCUCCUGCUGCAAGAGACUAUGAUCUGCCUAUCGACGUAUCUUGCGAUACCCAAACGCCAGCACCUUCUUCUCUAGCUCUGGUGGAGCUACCAAAGUGGGAAGGACGAGACAAGCCGAUGGAGGUUGAAUGGAGACAAAUGACCUCUUUUCAUGCUGUGACCGAAAUAGCUCAGGGGGAUUGGCGCUCUGUGACAGCUAGAAUGCAGCAUGUUCCCAUGUGGACAGACAAGAAUGGGUCGUGGCCAGGGUGUAAUGCUUGUUUGGAACUAUUGCAGCAUGUCUUGUUGAAUCUUUUCCAGAACCGAGCACGUCGCAGACCACCCACGGGGUCACGCACGGAAUAUGAAGAAGCAGUCAAUUUGAUACUCGGCACAAUGUACGGAGCACUGUGCCUGGGAAUCAAACCCUCGCAGGAAACAGUAUGGGGAGAUUAA